AACUCAAGGACAACAGUAUUACACUUGUAUAGACAGUUGAUAUACUAUUCAAAGCUACUGCCCAACAUAAAUGAUCAAAAGACAAAGAUAAAUGAGAUACAAACAAAGUUCAGACAAAACAAGAAUCUAACAAACAUCACAGAGAUAACCGAUUGUUGUAAAGAUGCUGAAAAGAAGUUAAAGUUCUUAAAGGUGAUUGCUCCUAGGGCACCAGGACAACAACAGGGCAUUGCAGGAAAGUAUACGAUGGAAGAUGGCAAGCUGGUAGAUAGUCAACAGAAGGAAAAGGAGAAGAGAAUGUAUAAAGAUCAAGGAAUUGAUAUCAUGGAUUAUAGAAGACACUUGCAUCUUUUAAACAGACAGCACUUUGGUGGAAGA